UUCAUUGGGGAAGUUAUAGAAGGGUCUUUUUCUCGGAAUCCAAGUUCUUUCUCCUUUAAGUGCGAGUUGGGGGGCUGGCCUAGUGGGAGGGGUCUGGGGUUGGAUAAAGGAAGAAGGAAGAAUAAAAGAAAGGGGAACUUCCGCGAAGCGUUAGCUGGUACUUUAGCCGGGCCGAAGUACCCCUCGCCCGCGUCCCCAUUAGCUCCGUGUCCCCGGGGUUCGGACGGAGAGCCGGCUGCUGUCCUGACAUUUGGGAGAUCACAGUGAGAAUUCUACUGAGGUGCUGCUCUCUGGAAGUGACUCUGCUAUGGAUCAGGAUAAUAGACAGACCAGUUUGCUGCUGUACAACUUCCUACAAAGUUCCGGUAACAACCUUUUCCAAACGGAGCUAAAGGAGCUGGACAGUGAGCUGGCUGUGUUUGGCUCCAGGAAUGGCUGUUCGGAGCAGGACUAUGAGCUGCAAACAGAUGGCAAUCGGUGCUAUUUUGACAUGUCCAGAGAGGAGUUCUCAGAUUCAGAAAACCAAGAAAUUAUCCAGCGCAUAGCGACACACCUUGCCCAGAUCGGGGACAAUAUAGAGAGUAGCAUCCAGCCCAGCUUGGUGGAUAACCUGAUCCAGCAGUUCAGAAUUAUUAAUCUGUCAGCUGAGGACAAGAGGAGAUACCUGGAUGCUGCUAUGCAACAAAUGAUGCAAACAAUUCCUCUGGAUCUUGAGCAAGAGAAGGCUCAAUUAUUGCUAGCAAUGCUGUUGGCUAAAAAAGUUAUGACCCAUGCCCCAUCCUUGUUCCGAAGCAUCUUUUAUAUCACCGUAGAUUACAUGAAUCAGAACCUCAUUACCUACAUAAGGAACUUGGUCAGAAAUGAUAUGGACUGAAUGGAUUACCUUGCAAAGGCCAUUUACCCAAACGUCUGGACUCUUUUAAAACUGCUUUUGAGAACAGAACAGGAAAAACAAAUAUUUUUUAGAUGUUAUGCUUUAAGAAUAAAAACAUUAUAAACAUAGACAAGAUGCUGUUAUUAGUUUUCCUGGACAUUUAAAAAGUAAACAGAACUUUUAAUUUGGUGACAUAGUGGAGAGACCAUAAGUGAUUAUCUUCUGUUCCACUGAACAAAGCUCUCUAUUACAAUGCUACGUCACCUGUUCUGUGUUAAUGAUGGGCAGAGUUGUCUUUAAGCCAAAGGUCUAUCAUUCACUUCUUGGUAUAGGUUAAGUAGGUAGCUAGUGUCAGAUACAGAUCAUACUGGAGCACUACCAAGAAUAGCCCAAACUAGAUUAAAAUGCAAUUAAGAAAUAUUUAACUAAACAAAAACAUAGAUAAUGUUAAGUUAUUAUGCUGCCCAUAGGGAUUUUUAUGCAUAAUUUUGUAUUUGCGUUUGAAAACACUGGCAGUUAUGGAUACCUAUUUUUACCACUAGUAGAGCAGAAAAGAAUGGAAAGAAAGUAUCAAUAAAAUUCCAGGGCUAAAUUUGUGCUUUAUACUUGAAAUUUUGAUGACUUGAAUACAAUUCUGUUAUGAUCUAGCUCAUUUUCUCAAAUGUGGUAAAGACUUUAUAUAACUUAAUCAUAUUUCAAUUUUGUGUUAAUACUUUUUUGUAAUUGAAAAUAAAGUUUAAAAACAGUU